CCCCUCCCAGCCACCCCCGGGGCUUCUCAGCAUGCCCAGGGCUGGAACAGAGGACUGAAGUACUGGCCCUUCCUCGGCGAAAGGUGUCUGGUGCGGGGGGCCAUCAAGAGGCGCCAAGAGUCAGCCUGGAGCCAUGGACGCUUCUCUAGAAACGUGGUGCAUCGCUCUGUUUUCUGUGUUCACCUGGGUGAAUGCGGGACUCCCCAUGUAUGGAGAGAUCCUGUCCCCCAACUAUCCCCAGGCGUACCCCAACGAGGUGGACACAUCCUGGCACAUAGAAGUUCCCGAGGGGUUCGGUGUUCACCUCUACUUCACCCACCUGGACCUCGAGCUGUCUGAAAACUGCGAGUAUGACUUCGUGCAGAUACUGUCUGGAGGAAUCCAAGAAGGGAAGCUCUGUGGACAGAGACCCAGAAAGAGUGCCGACUCCCCCAUUGUGGCAGAAUUCCGGGUCCCCUACAAUAAACUCCAGGUGACCUUCAAGUCGGACUUCUCCAAUGAAGAGCGAUUUACAGGAUUUGCCGCUUACUACGUGGCCGUGGACGUGGACGAGUGCACGGAGUUUUUGGAUGUCCCUUGCAGUCACUUUUGCAACAACUUCAUAGGUGGCUACUUCUGCUCUUGUCCCCCGGAAUACUUCCUCUACGAUGACAUGAGGAACUGUGGAGUCAAUUGCACGGGGGACGUGUUCACAGCCCUGGAGGGGGAGAUCACGAGCCCCAAUUAUCCCAGUACGUACCCCGAGAACUCCAGGUGUGAGUACCGGAUUGAGCUGGAGGAGGGCUUCCAGGUAGUGGUGACCAUGAGGAGAGAAGACUUCGACGUGGAGCCCGCCGACGCCGACGGGAGAUGCCAGGACAAUUUAGUGUUUGUGUCAAGAAAACAACAAUACGGUCCUUACUGCGGUCAUGGGUUUCCUGGGCCUCUGGUGAUCGAGACCGGAAGUAAUACUCUGGAUGUCAUCUUUCAAACUGACCUCACAGGAGAGAGCAAAGGCUGGAAGCUUCGCUAUCAUGGUGACCCCAUCCCAUGUCCCAAAGACGUCAAAGCCAAUUCCAUAUGGGAGCCGGAAAAAGCCAAAUAUGUGUUCAAAGAUGUGGUGAAAAUCUCCUGUGUGGAUGGAUUCGAAAUUGUGCAGGGCAGUGUGGGCUCAACGUUUUUCUAUUCUUCUUGUCAAAGCGAUGGGCGGUGGAGCAGCCCCGAUCUGGUGUGUCAGCGUACCCGUGACUGCGGGCCCCCGGCGCCCCUGGAGCACGGCCGGGUGGCGGAGCCCGAGGACACGUCGUUCGGCGCCGUGGCGCGGUACUCGUGCGUGGAGCCCUACUACAGCAUGGAGCCCGACGGGGCGGGCCUGUACCGCUGCUCGGGUAAUGGGAGCUGGGUGAACGAGGUGCUGGGCGCCGAGUUGCCGGAGUGUGUUCCAGUGUGCGGGGUGCCCCGGAAGCCGUGGGCGGCGGCGCAGCAGCGGAUCUUCGGGGGCCGCGCGGCGGAGGCGGCGCAGGUCCCGUGGCAGGUGUUCCUGCGCGACGCGGCCACGUGGGCGGGCGGCGCGUUGGUGGCGGCGCGCUGGGUGCUGACGGCGGCGCACGCGGUGGACGGCGCCGCCCCGCCCGCCGCCUUCGCGGGCUCCGCGUCGGCGCGCUCGGCCGACCUGCGCCGGGCGCAGGCGCUGCGGCCGCGGCGCGUGUUCCUGCACCCGGGCUGGAAGGCCGGCCUCGAGCCCGACGCGCGCCGCGACUUCGACCACGACAUCGCCCUGCUGCAGCUCCGCGACCCCGUGGAGAUGGGGCCCGCGGUGGGCCCGAUCUGCCUCCCGGGCCGCUCCGAGGCCUACACGCCGUCGGCGGGGGACGUGGGCCUCAUCUCGGGCUGGGGCGGCACGGAGAGGCGGGAGCGCGCGCUGACGCUCCGCGCGGCCGUGGUGCCCGUGGUGCCCGCGCAGCGCUGCCGCCAGGCCGCGGCCCAGGCCGACGGCGGCGUCUACGCGUUCACCGACAACAUGCUCUGCGCCGGGGAGCCGGGCGUGGACAGCUGCCAGGGCGACAGCGGCGGCGCCCUGGCCGUCCGCGACCCCCAGCACCGCGACGACGACAACCCCAGGUUCUACGUGGCCGGCCUGGUGUCCUGGGGCAAGAAGUGCGGCACCUACGGCGUCUACACCAAAGUCAGCCGCUACCUCGACUGGAUCCUGAAGACGAUGCAGGAGAACGACGUCGCCGACGACGACCAAUGAGGUGCCAGCCUUCCCCGCCUCAUGCAAAUCAUCACCGCUGACGACCAAUGAGGUGCCAGCCUCCCCGCUCACAUGCAAAUCACCGACUCACCCGCGACGACCAAUGAGGUGCCAGCCUCUCCCUCCCCAUGCAAAUCACCGACUCACCAGCGACGACCAAUGAGGUGCCAGCCUCCCCCCUCCACAUGCAAAUCAUCGAAGCAAUGUCCACCAAUCAGUGCAUGGCGGGGUGGAGAGCGUCACCCCCGCGGUUUGAAGUCAGGGCCCAGGCUGCUGUCCCUGAGCUGCUGCAGUUCAAGGCUGGCGCUCUACCGCCUGAGCCACAGCGCCCCUCCGGACUUUUUCAGUGUAGGUGGGCACCCAGGAAUCGAACCCAGGGCCUGAUGCCUGCGAGGCGAGCGCUCUACGGCUGAGCCACCUUCCCAGCCCCUUUUUCUUUUCUGCUCAAGGCUGGCGCUCUACCACUUGGGCCACGCAAGUUCCCCCUUUGUGGCUUUUUGUUUGGGUGCUUCAUUGGAGAUCAGGGAGCUCCUACUCAUGCUGGCUUCGAACCCGCCUUCUUCAGAGCUCAGCCGCCUCUGGGUGGCUGGGAUUACAGGCGUGAGCGGCAGUGCCCCGCCUACGCAGGCAGCUGGAUGGUCCAUACCACCCCGCCUGGCUUAGAGGAAGGGAUCUGGGCUGUAUUGGGGGCCUUGGGAAGGCCUGUCUUCUCGUUCAGUUCUGCAGCAAUUCUUGGCAUGGUUUUGUGUUUGUCUCCUUGCCUUACAUCUUGUGGGGAUUCCCUGUGACUAAUCAUUCCCAGCGAUUCCUGGCAAUAAACCGUAGUCAGAACCCCCUUCCCC